AUGGCCUCAAGAGAAACUCAGCUCUACACAAAGAUCUCUAAGAAGCUUAAGGACCAAAUCACCUUCCCUUUUUUGGAAGCACUUCUGGCCAUGGGGUUCCCAGCACACACAGCACAAAAAGCACUGGCGGCUACAGGAAGAAGGACAGUAGAAGAGGCAUCAGAAUGGUUGCAUUUUCAUUACAAUGACCCCUCUUUAGAUGAUCCAAUCCCUCAAGAAUAUGCUCUCUACCUAUGUCCGACUGGACCUCUACUGGAAGAACUACAGGAUUUUUGGAGAGAAAGCAAACGCCAAUGUGGCAAGAACAGAGCACAUGAAAUCUUCCCCCAUGUGACACUCUGUGACUUCUUCACGUGUGAAGACCAGAAAGUGGAAUAUUUAUAUGAGGCCCUGAAGAGAGCUGGUGACAAGAUUUUGAAUUCUUUCCCUUCUACUAUUCCUUUGAGUCUCCAUUCUUCUAUCAGUUACCUUGGAUUCUUCAUCAGUGAUAGUUCUGCAGAUGUUAUUCGAGAAUUUGCCAUGAAUUUUGCAACGGAAGCAUCUAUACUGGCAGAUUGCAUUGUGAAGCCAUGUACCAAACAACUCCAUCUUACACUUGCUCAUAAAUUUUGUCCUCAUCAUCAAAAGACUCUGGAACAGUUGGCAAAAUCCAUCGACCAACUACAAAGUUGUCAAUGGACUGCAGCUCUGUAUUCUAGGGAUAUGCGCUUUGUGCAUUACCAGACACUGAGAGCACUCUUCCAGUAUAAGCCUCAAAACAUGGAUGAGCUGAUGCUCACUGCAGGCGACUAUGUCUUUGUCGAUCGAACCCAGCAAGCUGAAGCCAGCGAAGGCUGGGUGAUUGGGAUCUCCCACCGAACAGGCUGCAGGGGCUUUGUGCCUGAGAACUACACAGAGAGAGCCAAUGAGUCUGAUACUUGGGUUAAACACAGAACUUAUACAUUUAGUCUAGCCAUUGGUCUAGACUCCAAGGACAGUGAAAACAGUACUACAACGAACUAUAAAUCCCAUCAUUCAUUAAUGACAACAAAAACAAGCAAAAUACAGGCUUUGCAGGUACUGACACAUAGAAGAAGCCUUCUGGUAAUGCGUCAUGGGGAAAGGGUGGAUCAAAUCUUUGGGAAGUCUUGGUUGCAGCAAUGUUCAACUAUAGAUGGAAAAUACUAUAGACCAGAUAUGAACUUCCCUUCUAAUCUGCCAGAAAGGAAGAAUGGACUCAGAAAUUUUGAAUAUGAUCCACCUUUAUCUUCCUGUGGCAUUUUCCAGUCCAGACUUACAGGAGAAGCUCUACAAGAUGGUGGCAUCAAAAUUAGCUACAUAUACUGCUCACCAGCUCUGCGAUGUAUACAGACAGCAAAACACAUCCUAGAAGAACUCAAACAGGAGAAAUCACUGAAAAUAAGAGUGGAACCUGGACUCUUUGAAUGGACCAAAUGGGAAAUAGCUGAAGCAAUCCCUGCCCUCAUGACACUGGGUGAACUGACCAAAGCAAAUUUUAAUGUUGACGUUGAUUACAGAUCUGAAUUUCCACUUUCCUCCCUGAGGCCAUCGGAAAGUUACGAUGACUACGUAAAAAGGUGUUCUAUGACUGUGAAGCAGAUCGUUGCUGCCUGCCCAGGUGGUGUAAUCUCAAUUGUAAGCCAUGGUUCAGCUCUGGACUCCUGCACUCGACCACUACUUGACCUCCCACCCAGAAACAUCAGUGAUUUUGCUCAACUAGUCAGAAAGAUCCCUUCACUUGGCAUGUGUUUCUGUGAAGAAGUGGAAGAGAACAAAUGGCAGCUGAACAACCCACCAGUUAAAACACUAACUCAUGGGUCAAAUUCAGCAUUUAACUGGAGAAACUGGAUACAGGAUUGUUAA